AUGUCGGAAAAAGCGAGCUACAAUCCAGCAGUCGAGACACCGGCUCCUCCUAGCUACCAACAAAACCCUUCGCACACUGCUCCGAUUGCAGGGCAAGAUGCGCAACAGUCGCGCGCGGGCCCGAAUGAGGCUCCGGAGAUCCAAAUGCAGAAUUUCCCUCAAGUACAUGCGCCUACAUCCUCACAAUAUGAGCACCCGCAUCAAGGAUUCGAUCCUCACAAUCCCAGCCCGCAAAUGUACCCACCGCAGCCACAGUCGUACUCUAUCGAGCAGUCAAGCCGAUACCCGACCGCUGUAGCUCUGCACGCGCUCCAGAGAACUUCACAAGUUGUCGACUGCCCGAUGUGUGGCCGGAGGGAGAUGACUCGGACGGAAGCAGUGACCGGAAAGACAACUCAUGCAUGGGCGGCUGUCUUAUGCUUUUGCGCUUGUAUUGGCUGCAUACCAUACUUCGCAGCAAUGUUCAAAGAUGUGAACCAUAUGUGUGGAAGCUGUGGCCAUCUGCUCGCGACGUACCACAAUAGCGGCCAUACGGUGGUCCACAAAACUCCGGAGCCCAAAUAA